UCGUCAUCGCGCCGUCUGGAGGCGGGUGGGGUGGGGGGGAGGGGGCAGUCUCGACGAUGUCGGGCAGCAACGCGCAGAUGGACGGCGGCAAACAGCUGUUCGCUCAGGCCUCGGCGGUCGCCAUCCACACCGGCAACAUCGUGAACUGGAGUCGGCUCAAGAAGAAGUGCCCGACCUCACCCAGCGAGGAGUUGCAGGAUUGUAUCCGAGAAACUCUGGCGAAAUGGUGCUCGCAGGUGAACCCUGAGCUCUUGAAGGAACCACCUACUACGCUGGAAUGUAGUAUCGCUCCGGAAACGGAAACGAUCAGUCCUGAGGAGCGGGAGGAGGUGAAGGUGUCUGCAAAGCUUUUUCUCUGUGAACUGGACUCCUCAUCCAUCAGGGAUGCUGUUGAAAAUGCUUGUUCAGCACUUGGAUUAUCACAGCUGGAUUCUGUGAUCAUUGCUCCUCCUCCACUCCCAGACGGAACCAGUCUUUCUCUUGAGCACCUACAACCAUAUUGGGAAGAGCUGGAGAGUCUUGUUCUAAGUAAAAGAAUCGUUGCAAUCGGGACAUCCGAUUUAGAUAAAGUUCUGUUAGAACAGCUUUGUCAGUGGGCUCAGGUAAACCCCAGCAGCAACCAAGUCAACUUGGCCUCUUGUUGUGUGAUGCCUCCAGAGUUAACGGCCUUUGCUAAAGAAUACGACAUACAGUUAUUGACUCACAGCGACCCUAAAGAACUGAUUCCGGUGUUAAAUUUUCAAGAGGCUGUGAUUGCGGGGAUUCAAGACAACCUGGCUUAUGAAUGGAUGACAAAGUGGGUGCUCCGCUACUCAGUAAUUGUUAAAAGUCGAGGGAUUAUUAAAUCCAAGGGCUACCUUGUACAUGCUAAAAGAAUUCAUUAUUAGCCUCAGUAAUGUCAAGAAGUUAGCUAGUUGAAAUAGCACUUUUAUGAACUAAUUUCUGCAUGAUAUGCAAAGGAGAAAGUCCAAGAGCUGCACUGUUGACCAAAUGCCUUUUGAUCUUUUUGAUGGUCUACUGAUAGAUCCAAGAAAAAGAAAAAGAAAAAAAGAAAAAAAAGUUAUUGAGUUAAGAAUACACUCAAAAUUAGAUUUGUGUAUUACAUAUGAUAAUCUGUGUUUCUACUUGUUGAUUUAACUGAUUGUUCUGUGAGAUUCUUCAUUCUGCACUUAUUUUUUAAAUUAUUUUCAGUUUAACAGAAAGAACAGGAGAGGGGAUUUUUUUGUUCAUUUUUUAAACACAAGUUAUAGUUAUUUGUUUAGUUGCUGACAUAAAUAAAGGAAAAUCUUCUUUAGACUGGUGCGUGCAGUGUUCUGCAUUCUUGGCUGGAGAGAUCAGGCUAAAUCCUGAUCCUUAUUCAUGAAUUCAAAAUGAGCAGCUGACAAAUGUCUGCAAAACUAGAGCUAUUGCAAGUCACGAGGCUAAAUAGUGAGUGGUUUCUCAUUAAAAUUGUUUCAUUCUCCAUUUCAAGGCACUGUAAUUGUCCUUAAGUGCUUAUGAAUACUGGAGUUAUGAUGCUAAUAUGUUUAUACUGUAUGAGAUUUGGAUUAUGACAUACAGGGUAAAUAUUUUGUAUCCAAUUCAGUUGCUUUUAUGUUCUUUUGUGAACUUUUGUCAGUUUGCUGUUAAGGAAGUAACUAAAGCUUAGCUUGCUGAUGUGCGAGGCUAUUGGUGAUGGAAUGGAAGUAGAGCCCUUCACCCACACAUCUGAUCCAAAGUCUACUGUGUUCAGGUCACCUAAGAGAAGUAUGUAUUUGAAUGGCAGCUUGCAGUGGUUAUGUGGAGGAUAGAUGGCAGAACUUGGCAGUGUACCAACCUUCUCUUCCUCCCCCCCGUCCCCCUCCCCAGAUACACACACUUUCCACCCCACAACUAGGAUCAGGCCUGACUCAUUGGUGACUUUCUAAUCUGUAAUCACCUACUCCACUUUAAAAGUCAAAUGAAAUAUUUAAAAACAUACUAUGUGGUAUGUGUGUAACACAGUCAUUUUUAAUAAAUCAUUUGAUUUUUAAAAAAAGAAAUAGUCAACUAGUUGCGUCUGAUCGAGAUAAAUGUCUUUCCUGAUCUUGUGUGUUCUCACAUAUGACAACGUGGAAGGUAAUCUUUUCAUUGUGUGGGCAUUUCCCAUCACUGGAAGCCCUUGCAAACUCUGCAGUUCAGAAAUGUUGUGCUGGUAACUUCAGCAAUAAAUUACAUUAGUAAAGUGCCUUUCACACCAGGAAGAUGUGCCGAGUUCAGUAUGACUGGUUGUAACCCCAUAGAGUGGCAUAGGAAAUAGUUCUAUUUUUGUGCAGUAAGUGUUAUUGAGGAAUAAGACUGGGAGAUGAACAGAGAAUAAAGUAGGGCAACUUGCUUUUUGAGCCCACGAAGGAAGGCAGUUUAAAUUGCCGAGUACAUCAUGUGAUGUGUUUUGUUAUUUUAAGGGUUGGGGAGGGAAAGGGAAAGUCCAAAAAUUGCCAGGUUCCGAAAUAAACCAUCCUAAGUAAACUGAUAUUCAAAUAACAUUCUGGUGUUAAUUCAUACAUGUGCUGCUCUUAAGGAAAAACUUGAACAUAAAUCAUGGGGAAACCACUCUGGAGCAUUAUUCUUAACAUGAGUUCAAUUCAUUUGUAACUUGGGACCACUUUGAUUUUGACUGAUGGUUGGCAAGUGUUUUUUUUACUGUAUCAACUUUGUGCUUAACAUGUUUAAGCUGAAGUAAUUUACAAGCUUGAAUGUACAGUAGAUCUAAUUAAAUGCAACAUAUCUGGAAAUAUUAAAUUUACCAUAAAAUGUUGUAUUUUGUUUACUUGGCUGUGUAAUGCGUUUGAGGUGCUCUACACAUUAAAGGUGAUCUAAAUGCC